UGUGUGGGCACCGAUCACAUCUGACUGGCAGAGAAUUGUAUCGUGUAUGACCGCUACGGGGCUUAGGGUGAAAAAUUUGGAAUCGAAAAAUAGCAACAAAUAAAUAAAUGAAACUUACGAACAGAUUUAAAUGGGAUACUAAGUAACAUUUGUUAUUACAUAGCUAAGUGAAAAUUAUUGAGUGAAAAGUGCUAAGAGUUGCUGCCAGCAGCUGAGCUGCAGUGUAGCAACAAAAAUAUUACUCGGCUCGUUAAAUGGAAAGAGGCAAGGGCUGAGGUAGCUUCGAUUUGUAAUUCAAUUACGGACUCACACAUACAAACAGACGAAAAAGGCCGAUAUUGGAUAUGGUUUUCAUACGUGAUCCCUGUGGCAUUGUCUGCCUGAUUUUUACCUAUGGCGCGGUUAUCUACGCAGAUUAUGUGGUUAUGCGCUGGAUAAUACUGACAACAAUGCCGCUAAGUAUUUGGGCACCCUUCCAUGUUGUGCUCUUCAAUACGGUUGUCUUCCUGCUAGGCAUGUCGCAUUUGAAAGCAGUUUUCUCAGAUCCAGGCAUUGUACCGUUGCCCGCCAAUCGCUUGGACUUCUCCGAUUUGCACACCACCAACAACAGCACCAAACAGAUAUCUGGCAAUGGUCACGGUAGCGAAUGGACAGUGUGCACACGCUGCGAGACUUAUAGGCCACCGCGAGCCCAUCAUUGUCGUAUAUGCAAGCGAUGCAUACGCCGCAUGGAUCAUCACUGUCCAUGGAUUAAUAAUUGUGUGGGCGAACGCAAUCAAAAGUACUUUCUGCAAUUCCUCGUCUAUGUGGGUAUUCUCUCCCUAUACUCCGUAGCGCUAAUACUCGGCUCUUGGGUAUCGCCGUGUACGGAAUGCAGCCAAAAUGUAAUUGAUACACAGCUGCGCAUGAUUCACUCCAUCGUUUUGCUGUUGGAAUCGGCGCUGUUUGGACUGUUUGUGACUGCCAUUAUGGUAGAUCAGUUGCACGCCAUAUUGUACGACGAGACGGCAGUCGAGGCGAUACAGCAGAAGGGUGCUUAUCGGCCAAAUCGACGUAAAUAUCAAUUGUUGGCAGAUGUGUUUGGACGUGGACAUCCGAUGUUGUGGCUUCUGCCUUGCGCUAGUCUAAAUCACGCCGCACGCUAUCACGACACACCGCUGCUCAGCCACGAUGUUUAAAAGCCGUGUGAUAAAUUAUAUUAUCUUGUAUGUAUUAUGUUUACGUUCUAUAUACGUGUGUGCGCGUGAGAGUCCCCCAAAAUCCAUUGUUUUAUGUUUUAUGUAUCUAUAUUUGUGUUUAUAUUUUUUUUUUAUCAAGAAAGCUAUAAAAUACCCACCCACCCGGCUAUUCCCGUAACUCUUACCUUAACCCAAAGCUAUGUAUAUGUAUGUAUAUUUAUAUUUUGUUUAUUUGUAUAUACUAUAUACAAACAAGAUUCCAAUGUUUAAUUAACACUUUAGUUAAUAAUUGAUUGCAUCAGUCGAGCCAAAACAUACUCAACAGAAACUCAAUAUUUUUUUAAACAAACCUAGUUUUUCCAUAAGCAUACGUAGCGAUCAGAUGUUUAGCUAUAUAUAAAUAUAUAAAUGUGUGUAAAAAAAACAAACAAUUAAGCAAAUCAAAAAAAAAGUACGACCUUCAAGCAUUUAAGAGAACAAGAAAUUCAUAUACCAAAUAAACAUAAACAUUAAAUGCCAGGCAAUUGAAUGUGCGGUAAUAGCUCGUAUUAUUUAUAAGACCUAAACUAAUUAGUUUGAUUGUAAG